AAGUGAGGAUCAGAGCCCGCGCAUGCACACACACAUACACACACACACACACCUGCUGCGACGAGGCAAAGAUCACUUCUUCUCCUGCAGUUCUGAAAGAACACACACAGAAUGGCAUCAGUCACCCUCCUGUGCCUCCUCUCCCUCCUGUCAAUCACCUGGGCGAGACCCCGCCUCUCCUCACCAGCAGAGGACAUGGCCAGACUCAUCAACAAGUCCAACACCACUUGGAGGGCUGACUCCAGUUUCCAGGGUUCUGACUCCAGCUAUGUGAAGAGCCUGUGUGGUACCAUCCUGAAUGGACCAAAGCUGCCAUACAUUGAGCUCCCUGUAGAGCACGUCUCUCUGCCCGACACCUUUGAUGCGCGAGAGCAGUGGCCCAAUUGCCCCACCAUCCAGCAGAUCCGCGACCAGGGCAACUGCGGCUCCUGCUGGGCCUUUGGUGCCGUGGAGGCUAUCUCUGAUCGGAUCUGUAUCCAUAGCGAUGGGAAGAUCUCCGUGGAGAUCUCUGCAGAAGACCUGCUGACCUGCUGUGAUGCUUGUGGAAUGGGGUGUUUUGGUGGGUUCCCCUCUUCAGCUUGGCAGUUCUGGACCACAAAGGGCCUGGUGACAGGAGGACUCUACUCAUCUAAAGACGGCUGCAGGCCCUACACCAUCGCCCCCUGUGAGCAUCACGUCAACGGCACGCGCCCCCCCUGCUCUGGGGAGCAGGACACCCCGAAGUGCACGAGCCAGUGCAUCCCCGAGUACAGCCUGUCCUACCCCAAAGACAAGCACUAUGGUAAGGACUCGUACAGCGUCCCCUCAGACCAGAGCCAGAUCAUGAUGGAGAUCUAUAAGAACGGGCCGGUCGAGGCAGCCUUCAGUGUCUACGAGGACUUCCUGCUCUACAAGACAGGUGUGUACCAGCACGUCACUGGGAGCAUGUUGGGGGGUCAUGCCAUUAAGAUCCUGGGCUGGGGCCAGGAGAACAGCACCCCCUACUGGUUGGCUGCCAACUCCUGGAACUCCGACUGGGGAGACAAGGGCUACUUCAGAAUCCUCAGAGGGAAGGACCACUGCGGCAUCGAGUCGGAGAUUGUAGCGGGAAUCCCUCGAAUGUAGACCCCCCCCCCCCCCCCAUUCAGGCCCUGCGGUCCAGAUGAACCCCCCACUCAGGCCCUGCGGUCCAGAUGUACCCCACACUCAGGCCCUGCGGUCCAGAUGUACCCCACACUCAGGCCCUGCGGUCCAGAUGAACCUCACACACACAAUCACACGGAGGGUUCUGACUGGUGAUGACCUCACACACAAUUCUGAUUUAGUGUCUUUAAGAAGUGACAUCAUGUUGCCACUACUGUCUACUAAAGUCUACAGGAGUUAAUAUGGCUGCAAGUGGUCUUUAACAUGACAUUUCUAUAAAAUAAAAUAAAAUAAAUACAAAAUGUA